UCUUUAUGAAUCAAUUCCUAUUAAUAGUUGCUCUAAGUUUGAUAUCAGUGAAUUGUUAUUUCGGACUUGAAGAAGUAGAAGUAACUCUUAUAUCUGAUAAAAAAAUAUCAUUCAAUGGAGUCAUCACUAUUGUACCACAUACAGAAAAUGUAGUCAUUUGGCUUUGCAAUAAAAAUAAAUUAAGUAUGUUAUUUAUGAUAUCAAGACUUAUUACAUUUAAUGAAUGGUUCUGAAAUAGUAAAGAAGCUGUAUUUUUUGAAUGAUUAUAAGGGAUUCAUAGUGAGAUGUGGAUACAAGAUGAAGAUCGACAAAAAUGAACUCGGCUUACAUUAAAUAACAUUGCUAGCUAAUGACAGUAAUUGAGAACUCUUUUUUAAUUCUUCAUUGCAGAAUCCCACAAGAUUAUAUUGUCCUACCGAACCCA